CAUCAUUAAAAAUGAAAAGAAUGACAACGUCAAACGAACCUAAUCCAAUUCCAACUAACUAAGGAUUUUGGAGGGACGAUGACCAUGGCGACCUUUCCUCUCUCAACCUCAUCUUCAUCUCUUAUUAAUUCCUACACUUCAUCACCAUUUUCAUCUGUCGUUUCUCCCUCUCAUUUCUUUCCUCCGUUUUCCUCUCAUUCUCGACGCUUUUCCAGACUCUUCGUUUCGUCGACAGGUAUCUCCGACGUUCCUCAACAACGUUUCAUCGUCGACAAAUCUUCGCUUGUUUUAUAUGAAGCGGUUUCCGAGAACGAGCUUUGGGCUGCUGCUAAUCUUCGAAUUCGAACCUUUAAUGAAUUUAAGGAGGACUCUUUUGGAGUCGAGGAUCAUAAGAGGCACCUAGUUGAGCGUGAGUUUGAAGCGCUUAAAGAACGUGUUGCUGGAAAGAGGGAGGGUUUCAAAAAGGUAUCUUGUAUAAAUGCCUCCCUCCCUUUAUCACAUAUAUCAGCCUUGUCCAGAGAUCUUUCUACUACAUGUAAGUUUUCGGAUGACGAUGGAUUUAAAGUUGUGGUUGGGUCUCUUGACCUCAAUCAAUGUCUGAGGCUUCCCGAUGAGAUGACAGGGAUGAGGCCGCAGGGUAUUGGAGCUGAUUUUGCGAGGGCAUAUUUGAGCAACGUUUGUGUUGCCAAGGAGUUGCACAGAAAUGGAUUGGGUUAUGCACUUGUCUCAAAAGCAAAGUCUGUUGCUGAAAAGUGGGGCAUAACUGAUUUGUAUGUUCAUGUUGCUGCUGAUAACGAAUCGGCAAAGCAGUUGUAUUUGAAGAGUGGUUUCAUCCAUGAAAGCGAUGAACCUGCAUGGCAGGCCAGGUUCCUAAACAGACCAAGAAGACUCAUUCUUUGGUUUGGUUUGCCAAAUCCAUACGACUUGUAAACUGCAACCUAAGCUUACUCUUUUAUAUUGAUUAUCUUAUGAUGUAUCUGAUUUUUAUGUGUAUAUCUGAGGAGAGGCAAUAUGUUUUUCUUUUUAUAGCCUUACUGUAUAGUUCAGAUUACAUUUGUAUAUGAUAUCAAUAUAGGCAGUUCCCAUAAGUUUUGGGAUUUGUUGCA